CAACACACUCUCUCCUCCAACUGAAUUGAAGAGAGAGGGAGAGAGGAGAGAGAGAGAGAUAGAGAGAGAUGGCGCCAACAACAACGCUUACGGCUCUCGCAGAAGAGAAGUCGCUUCAGCAGAAGUUCGUGAGGGACGAAGAUGAACGUCCGAAGGUGGCUUACAACGUGUUCAGCAAUGAAAUUCCGGUGAUCUCACUCGCCGGAAUCGAUGAGAUAGAAGGCCGGAGAUCGGAGAUUUGCCGGAAGAUUGUGGAGGCAUGUGAAGGUUGGGGGGUUUUUCAAGUCGUCGAUCAUGGCGUUGAUGCUAAUCUCAUCGCUGAGAUGACUCGACUCGCUCGUGAGUUUUUUGCUCUGCCUCCCGAAGAGAAGCUCCGGUUUGAUAUGUCCGGCGGGAAGAAAGGUGGAUUCAUCGUUUCCAGUCAUCUUCAGGGGGAAGCAGUGCAAGACUGGAGAGAAAUAGUGACCUACUUCUCAUACCCGAUCCGGGCCCGGGACUACUCAAGAUGGCCCGACAAGCCCGAAGGGUGGAGGGCUGUAACGGAGACCUACAGCGAGAAAUUGAUGGACUUGGCUUGCAAGUUGCUGGAGGUGUUGUCCGAGGCUAUGGGCCUUGAGAAGGAGGCUCUGACAAAAGCCUGUGUUGAUAUGGACCAGAAGGUGGUUAUAAAUUUCUACCCGAAAUGCCCACAACCCGACCUCACGCUCGGACUCAAGCGACACACGGAUCCGGGUACCAUCACCCUGCUCCUCCAGGACCAGGUUGGUGGGCUCCAGGCCACUAGAGAUGGGGGCAAGACCUGGAUCACGGUUCAGCCCGUGGAGGGAGCUUUUGUUGUUAAUCUGGGUGACCAUGGUCAUUAUCUAAGCAAUGGGAGGUUCAAGAAUGCGGAUCAUCAGGCAGUAGUGAACUCCAACUGCAGCCGACUAUCAAUCGCCACAUUCCAGAACCCAGCUCCUGAGGCGACAGUAUACCCACUGAAGAUUAGGGAGGGAGAGAAGCCGAUUCUUGAAGAGCCAAUCACGUUCGCGGAUAUGUAUAAGAGGAAGAUGAGCAAAGAUAUUGAGCUUGCCAAGCUGAAGAAAUUGGCCAAAGAGAAGAAGCUAUUGCAAGAUCAGCAAGAUAUUGAGAAGGCCAAGCUGGAAAUCAAAAGCACUGAUGAGAUUUUUGCUUGAGAGUGUAUUUUUGUGUGGAUGUGCCUUUGCCACACUUUUCUCCAUAAUUACCUUAAUGUCGAGUAAAAUGGUGUGGUUUUAUGAUGGAUAGAUUCAAAUAAAAAGAGUAAUAUUUUAAUAUUAUUAAAUUAUGUCCUUUUGCUAAUGUAUUUUGCUAUGAUACAAACCAAUACAAGUUUGUUAUCCAAGUUCAUGUUUCAUUA